CUUCACCGACUACUUCGAGAACACAAGCCAGAAUUCAGUGGGGCCCCGUCUUGUGACUACAUGUUCCUACCUGGUCUGUCGCAGUGGCCUCUCUUCACUGGGCUCCUGCUGUCUGCCUCUGACCCAGCUGUCAUAGGUGGGGUCCUGCUAAAACACAGUGAUCCUGGCCAUGGACAAGCCGGCUGGCCUGCAGGUGGACUAUGUCUUCCGGGGUGUGGAGCAUGUCGUGCGGGUGGCCGUGUCCGGGCAGGUGCUGGAGCUGGAGGUGGAGGACCGGAUGACAGCUGACCAGUGGCGGGGCGAGUUUGAUGCCAGCUUCAUUGAAGAUUUGACUCACAAGACGGGGAACUUUAAGCAGUUCAGCAUCUUCUGUAACAUGCUGGAGUCAGCCCUCACUCAGAGCAGCGAGUCAGUCACCCUCGACCUGCUGACCUACACGGACUUGGAGUCCCUGCGGAACCGGAAAAUGGGGGCUCGCCAGGGAUCCCUGGCCCCCAGAUCGACCCAGCUCAACUCCAAGCGCUACCUGAUUCUCAUCUACUCCGUGGAGUUUGACAGGAUUCACUACCCGCUGCCCCUCCCGUACCAGGGCAAGCCGGACCCCGUGGUCCUGCAGGGCAUCAUCCGCUCGCUGAAGGAGGAACUGAGCCGCCUCCGGGGACUGGAGGGUCAGGACGUGCGGGACUCCCGGGAGAUGGAGAUCUGGCACCUGCGGGAGCAGGUGUCGCGCCUGGCGGCCGAGAAGCGCGAGCUGGAGGCGCAGCUGGGCCGGUCGCGGGAGGAGGUGCUGGCCGGCCGGCAGGCGCGCCAGGAGGCCGAGGCGCUGCGCGGGCUGGUGCGGGGGCUGGAGCAGGAGCUGCGGCAGGAGCGCGGCGUCGGCUCCCGGGGCUCGGGCCGCCGCAGCCAGGACUGUCACCGCCUGGCCAAAGAGCUGGAGGAGGUGAAGGCGUCGGAGCGGAGCCUGCGCGCCCGACUGAAGACGCUGAACUGCGAGCUCGCACUUUAUAGGCGGGGGAGACGGACUCCGCCGGUGGCGCCGCCCCGGGCGCUGGAGGACCGGGUGUCCUCAUCCCGGGAGCGCUCCACGUCGCGUGGCCGAGGUGCCACCCGCUCCUCCUCCCGGGAGAGCGGCCGCGGGGGUCGGGGUCGAGGCCGCCCCGCCCGCCCCUCGCCCUCACCCACAGGUGGUCGCGUGGCCCGCUUCGACCCCACAGCCUUUGUGAAAGCCAAGGAGAAGAAACAGAGAGAGAUCAAGAUGAGCAGGUGCCGCGUCCCUUACCCGCCCCGCCCCGCCCCCAGGCAGCUGCAGCAGCAGCAGCGGAACCGACUGGGCAGCGGCGGCAGCGGGGACGGCCCGUCCGUCUGGUCCCGCCAGACUCGACCUCCAGCCGCCCUGACCGGCCGAGGGGACGAGGCUAAGCGCUCUCGGAACCGCAGCUCCUCGGUGGAUAGUUUCCGCAGCCGCUACUCGUCCGCCAGCUCAUGCAGCGAGCUCGAAGACUUCUCGGAAUCCCUCUCCAGAGGCAUCCGCCGGCGCCGAGGGAAGCCCCCCAGCCCCACGACCUGGACCCGGCCCAACAUGCAGAAACCCACCCCCGUGGAACGCGGCCGCCAUCAGAAACGCCUGAGCAGUUCGGGGGGCUGGGUUCCCAUCAAAGAAUACAGCUCUGACCACCAGGCUACCGACAUGGCCGAGAUAGACGCCCGCCUGAAGGCCUUGCAGGAAUACAUGAACCGGCUGGAUACGAGGUCGUGACCUCGGAGAGUGUGGACAGACAGACCGCCCUUCCAGCAGCAAAGGCCACUGUUCCACCCUUCUCACUCUCGGGGGGGCGAGGCCAGGGGCGUGUCCGUCAAGCCCCGCCCACCAAUCUCCGGUCCUAUUGCUCUGCGAGUUACUCCAGGCCCCGCCCCUUCGGUGUCCCGGGGUCUCAGAUGGGGAGGUCCCGCCUCUGCCCUCCCCCAGGUAUUGGAUGCUGGGGGGGGGAGAGGGGGUGGAGUUUGUAUGCUAUGUAAAUAAAUGUAUUUACCUUUGGG